GACGACGAAUAGACUAGGGCUGCCGUGCAAUAUUUAUUACCUUCGCAAAGCUGGUUACAUACUUGGAUUGGAUCCCGCACUUUCUAUCGGCGGCGGAACCCUAGCUCCACUCCGAUCAUAAUGGUGGCGGCCAAGAAGACCAAGAAAACUCAUGAGAGCAUCAACAACAGGUUGGCUCUGGUAAUGAAGAGUGGAAAAUAUACCCUUGGAUACAAGACAGUUUUGAAAUCACUUCGCAGCUCGAAAGGGAAGUUGAUACUUAUCUCCAACAACUGCCCUCCGCUUAGAAAAUCUGAGAUUGAGUAUUAUGCCAUGCUUGCAAAAAUUGGAGUUCAUCACUACAACGGAAGGCAUUUUUUUUCGAGGAAGCUGGUUUGUCUUGGAAAGCUUUUGCUCGCCAAAUUUGCCCAUAUAAUUAAUAAUGUUGAUUUAGGAACUGCCUGUGGAAAAUACUUUCGAGUGUCAUGCCUCAGCAUCGUUGAUCCAGGUGAUUCGGACAUCAUCAAGUCACUGCCCGGUGAUCACUGAGAAACGAUGGACAGUCUUUGCACCUACCUUUCAUGUGUCGAACAGUGUAGGUAUUGGUAGAAGUUUUCUAUCUUUGCUUUUGCAUUAUUGAUGCAAUUUUUUUAGAUAUGAUGUAUUUACGGGAUCUUCAAAUAGAUGUUGAUCCUUUUCCGUGGGAGUUCUUGAAUUUAGAAGCACGGGUAGUUGAUAUGCUGAUUGAUUAGGCAGCGGGUCACCAUAUGGGUCACCAUAUUCUUAGCCUGAUGGAUGGACCCCAGAAAUUCUUGGAUUUCUUUUGACAAGUUUUGCAGUACAUUUCUAGUUAUUCAUUGCAAAGAUGCAACAAUGCAUUACAACCAUGGUUUAAUAUGUUUGUAGUCACAUAUUCAUUAAUAUUUUUAGUUAAAAGUGAAUGUUCUGCUCAAUUUUUUAUUAUUCAAGUGUUAAUUUAUGA